CGAUUGCAUAAUAAUGGACAGCCUGGUCACAGUCCCCGCCUGAGUCCCCGCCUGAGUCACGUUUGACUGGGGGGGAGGAGAGAGCAAGAGCCAGAAGCCCCUGGAUCUCAAGCUGGCCAAGGCCUCCCAAGUGACGUCUGAGGUCACUGCGGGAUGAACCCAGACACAGGCGAUGGAGAGCGGCCAGGUGCUCCCGGCCUUCCUGCUCUGUAGCACGCUGCUGGUCAUCAAGAUGUACGUGGUGGCCAUCAUCACAGGCCAAGUGAGGCUACGGAAGAAGGCUUUUGCCAACCCAGAGGAUGCCCUGAGACACGGAGGCCUCCAGUAUUGCCGGACUGACCCCGAUGUGGAGCGCUGCCUCAGAGCCCACCGGAACGACAUGGAGACCAUCUACCCCUUCCUCUUCCUGGGCUUUGUCUACUCCUUCCUGGAUCCUAACCCUUUCGUCGCCUGGAUGCACUUCCUGGUCGUCCUCCUGGGCCGUGUGGUACACACGGUGGCCUACCUGGGGAAGCUGCCGGCGCCCAUCCGCUCCCUGGCCUAUACCCUGGCCCAGCUCCCCUGUGUCUCCAUGGCUCUGCAGAUCCUCUGGGAAGCAGCCCACCACCUGUGACCAGCAGCUGACCCCUCCUUGGCCACCAGACCAUGGGCCAAGAGCUGCUGUGGCUGUAUCUGGGGACUUAGCGUCCCUUCCAGAUUGUGGGUCCUGAUUUCCUGACAACCUACUGAGCUGGAUCCCUGGGCCCAGUGGGCCCGUGUGUGUGUGUGUGUGUGUGUGUGUGUGUGUGUGUGUGUGCGUGCGCGCGCUCAUGUGCAUGUGUGUGUUUCUUAGUCCUUGGAUUUCCAUAUGAUGUAGUCAAUUGGAACAUUUAGAGAUGGGCUGUUGAGAGUGACAAUUCCUCAACUCAAAUAACAGAGCAUUAAGAACAUCUCUCCCUCUCCCUCCCUGAGAGUGAAAAGGGAGAGGAGGCUCCAUUCAGAAUCCCAAACCUAAGGAUCCUCCAAAGCCAGGCCAUGAUAGCAGACUUCUCAGACCCACUGCGGAGAUUUAGGCCCAGGGGUCUCCAGGCAGGCCUGGCUGGCUGCAUUGUAAACAGGAAUCCCAUGUGAGGGCCUGGCCUGGGAGCCACGCCUGUCCCUCUGGAGGAGGGGCUCAGAAACAGGUCUGCAGCAGCUCCAUGGCGGGUGUUUAGUGACAGAGAGUGGGAUUGUGCUCCUCUGUUCCCUCUUGACACCACCCUUGCCCUAUGCUCCAGAUUCCUUUUCUGGAGCCUUCUCUCUGGCUCAGGUGAGGCUGGGAAGGCUCCACAAUAAGGUCAGCCUUCUUUUCCAGGGCUUUAGUUACUCCAAAGGGCUGUCCGUUGAGGACAGUGGCUUUGAAUGACCAACCACUAACAGGAACUUUCUGGUUCCUUCAGUGUCUUUGAGGUUUGAAAGCUACAAAUGUCCACCCCUAUGGGGAACCUGUGUGUGUGUGUGUGUGUAGUCGCUCCUAGACUCAUGUGUGAUUUCUAGUCAUUAAAUGGAAGUACCUAUUCAACUCAG